CAAGCCCCAACCCUAGCUUCCUCGCUACAUAGUUGUUGACAUCUUGUCCUCAUCAGAAGCUGCGGACCAUCUUCAAACCCUUUCGCUAUAUUACAUUCACACUCACAGGUUCCUCAGAUCUGAAAUCCUCAAGCUUCAUGGGCUCCAAGAGGGGUGACUUUGGCGAUGGAGCCAGUCCCGGAAAGAUUUUCAUUGGCGGCUUAGCGAAAGAUACUACCUUGGAUACGUUUGUGAAGUACUUUGGGAAGUAUGGAGAGAUAACCGAUUCGGUUAUAAUGAAAGAUCGGCACACCGGUCGUCCAAGGGGUUUUGGUUUUAUCACCUAUGCCGAUCCCUCGGUUGUAGACACUGUUAUUGCUGAAACCCAUAUCAUCAAUGGAAAACAAGUUGAGAUCAAAAGAACGAUUCCAAAAGGCUCUGCUGAAUCCAAGGAUUUUAGAACAAAGAAAGUAUUUGUUGGUGGGAUUCCAACGUCUGUAAAUGAAGAUGAGUUCAAGAAUUUCUUCUCAAACUAUGGGAAAGUGGUGGAGCACGAGAUUAUUCGAGAUCACGCGACCAAACGCUCUAGAGGCUUUGGGUUUGUUGUAUUUGAUAAUGAACAAGUUGUUGAUAAUAUGCUGGUUGAUGGUAAUAUGAUUGAUAUGGCUGGUACAAAGGUUGAGGUCAAGAAGGCUGAACCAAAGAAACCCUCAAACCCAGCUUCAGCUUCUGCAUAUGGUAGUGACUCUAGGGGACGUGCAUACGAUGAUAGUUUUGGUGGAUUUGGCAACUCCUAUAGCGGGUUCGGCAGAGGCGGUUUUGGCCCUGCUUCUUAUAGGUCAUUUGAAGGUAGGUUUGGUGACUAUGGUGGGUAUGGCGGCAGUGGUGGUCAAUUUGGUGGUCGCUAUGGGGACUUUGGUGGUAGUGAUUUUGGUGGUUAUCGUGAAGAGCCAUCACUUGGCUAUUCUAGUCGCUUUGGUUCUUAUGCUGGAGGGUACGUUGGGGGAUAUGGUGGGAGUGGUUUAGGUGCAUAUGGCCGUGGAGGUGCAGACUAUGGGAGUUAUGGCGGGGCAGGCUCUGGUGCUGGUUAUGAUUCUGGCCCAGGUGCUGGUUAUGGUGGAGCAGGAGGGCUGUAUGGAAGUAGGGCAGGUUAUAGUGGCGGUAGUCGUUACCACCCCUACGCCAGGUAGAUUUCCUAAUCAUAGGAGUUGCACACCGUAUCUCAGUUAUUGAUCUUGUGGUUCAGAGUUGGUAGACAUUCAAAGUUCUUACUGCCAGGAGACAAUAUCUAGAAGAUCAGAAGAACCACUAGUUUUUUCUGUUCACUCUAUGUCUUAGAGAACCAGAUAUAGAUAAUCAUCUCUAGAGUAUCACCAUGUCUGUCUUUUUAAGCUAGUAUUGUUUUAUUGUAAAAUUUGAGUUUGAGUUGAUGUAUUUUCUAAGGAUUUACUUGUUAACACUGCUUGUUAUUCCAUACAUGGACUUAGAAGUGGUCAUGGCGAAGCAGUUCUUAGGUCGGGAUACUCUUACCAGGUUUUGUUAUAGUUAGUUGUUUGUGUGCUUUCUGCAACAUUUGUGCUAAUCUGCAGUGGUGGACCUCUGCCCCCUUUCUUUUCCCUUUUGGUGGGCCGUUUCUGAUAAGUCUGCAGAGGGGCUUAAAUAUCCAAAUUUACUUGGAUAUUUACAAGCUUUCAUUCGUUGUGUGCGCUCCCAUUGCAUGGUAAUUUGGAUGAGUUGUGAUUUUUGGAGUCCUGGUUUAGCUCACAAGUUCAUUUCCUGGGCUAGUGUUCAGACUUGAGGCUUAAUUAUGGUGCCAAUUGAAUUGGUUUCUGCACUGCAGAGGUAUGGCCUAUGGGCUAACCCAUUGCUUCUAGAGAUGGGGAUUUUUAUUAUGUCAUACUUAAGUGUGAUCUUGAAUGUUUGCCAGAAUAUUUGAUUCAUUGUUACAUCUUUCCAUGUCAAAUUUUAUUGCUAGUUUUUGGGGUUUUAUCGAGCUGGCUAAUUUAAUUGUAUGCAUAAUGGUUCUGAUGAACUUCUUUGGCUUGUCGUAGUGCUGAUUCUGUGGACACAUUUGUUCUCGAAGUUAACAUUUGAUGUUUUUCCUGGAUGGUCCUCUAGAUUUGGUUUCUGUUGAUGUGUAAUCAAUGAUAAUCAUUUAAUCGUUGUGUUGUUGUGAUUUCCACUAAUGCUGUACUUUUCUCGUAAGCCAUGGUGGGACCCUGUUGUAUAACAAUCCUUUCAAAGGCAUCCAAUAGAAUUUUGAAAUGUACAUUUUCCUUAGCACUAUAUGGAUUACUUGAAAUCUUUUGUCAAUGGAAGCUGGUUUCGACUCUUUGAAUGAUAC